UACGUACGGACGUCGGGGAGCGGGGAGGGGAAAGCGUGACAUUCAUGUGACAUUGAAAUUUCAGCCGGUCCAUGCCGCGGUCACGCCACCGAUCUCGCUAAUCGUACGCACGUCGCCGCGGUGAAAGCAUGGGUGGCAAGUGGUCAAGCAUGGAUCCCUCGCAGGUCGAGGUACCGGAGAUAGACGUCCUCCUCGAGAGGGACCCGUAUCUCAAGUCGUACGAGAGUGACAUCCGACGCAGGUACGCCCUGUUCAAGGAUUACGUGGAGAAGGUGGAAGAGGGGGACGGGGACCUGAGGCGAUUCACUACUGCAUACAAGGACUUUGGUAUUCAUAUCCAGGAUGACAAUAGUGUCGUCGCGAAGGAAUGGGCACCUGGUGCGCAGGAGGUGUUUCUGACAGGAGAGUUCAAUAAUUGGCAAAAAACCGCCGCGCCGUACAAAAAAUUGGAAUACGGCAAGUGGGAGUUGCAUCUUCCGCCGAAUGCGGACGGCAGUUGCCCCUUGAAGCAUAAUUCAGAAGUGAAACUAAUCAUUAAAAGUCACAAUAACGAGCUACUCGAAAGGUUGAGCCCUUGGGCGACGUACGUGACGCAGAAGGCGGACAAAUCGGAAGGGACCACUUACAAACAGCGUAUAUGGCACCCGGAAAAUACUUACGAGUUCAAGCACCCGAAACCAAGCAGGCCGGCGAGUCUCAGGAUUUACGAGUGCCAUGUUGGAAUUGGCACGCAGGAAUUUCGCGUUGGCACCUACUUGGAAUUCGCCAGGGAUGUGAUACCGCGGAUCGUGAGGCAAGGCUACAACGCGAUACAGCUAAUGGCGAUCAUGGAGCACGCCUACUAUGCCAGCUUUGGAUAUCAGGUGACCUCUUUCUACGCGGUCUCGUCUCGCUACGGAAAUCCAGAAGAGCUGAAAGAGCUGGUCGAUGUAGCGCAUCAGCACGGCCUUUACGUUUUGCUGGAUGUGGUGCAUUCGCACGCUUCCAAGAACACGCUCGACGGACUGAAUAUGUUCGACGGCACGGAUUCGUGUUUCUUCCAUAGCGGCCCUCGCGGCGAGCAUUCGCUGUGGGACAGCAGGCUGUUCAAUUACGCGGAAUACGAGGUGCUUCGGUUCCUGCUGUCCAACCUGCGUUGGUACACCGAGGAAUAUAACUUUGAUGGAUUCAGGUUUGACGGCGUUACAUCGAUGUUGUAUCACUCGAGGGGCUUGGGACAAGGUUUUAGUGGUCAUUACGAUGAAUAUUACGGUUUAAAUGUCGAUGUGGAGGGCAUAGUGUACUUGAUGCUCGCCAAUCACAUGUUGCACGAGCUAUAUCCCGAAAUCGUCACGAUAGCCGAGGAUGUUAGCGGAAUGCCAGGCGUUUGCAGACCCGUCGCCGAAGGUGGUAUGGGAUUUGACUAUCGAUUAGCCAUGGCCAUUCCUGACAAGUGGAUAAAGUUGUUGAAAGAAGUCAAAGACGACGAUUGGAACAUUGGCGACAUUUGUUGGGCGCUCUCCAAUCGAAGAUGGAUGGAGAAAGCGGUCGCUUACUGCGAAUCUCACGAUCAGGCCCUCGUGGGCGACAAGACGAUCGCGUUCUGGCUCAUGGACAAGGAGAUGUAUACGCACAUGAGUACGAUGAGUUCGCACAGCGACACCAUCUCUCGUGGCAUCGCCCUCCACAAUCUAAUUACGCUGAUCACGCACGGUCUGGGUGGCGAAGCUUAUCUGAACUUCAUGGGCAACGAGUUUGGCCAUCCCGAAUGGCUGGACUUUCCGAGGAUUGGAAAUGCAGAUAGCUAUCAUUACGCCAGACGUCAGUGGAGUUUGGUGGACGACGAACUACUAAAGUAUAAAUACAUGAACAAUUGGGAUCGUGCUGUGAAUACGCUCGAGGAGAAGUACGGAUGGUUACAUGCCAAUCCUGGCUAUGUGAGCUGGAAGCACGAAGACGAUAAAGUGGUCGUGUUCGACCGUGCCGAUCUCGUGUUUGUCUUCAACUUUCAUCCGGUCAAGUCGUUCGCCGAUUAUCCAGUCGGUAUAAAGAAUCCAGGAAUGUACAAGAUCGUUCUGUGUAGCGACGACGAACAAUUUGGGGGGCAACGUCGCGUGGACACGAGCGUGCAGCAUUUUACGAAACCGGAACCGUUUUCUGCGUAUCAACACAAGAUGAUGAUCUACAUUCCGUGCCGUACAGCAGUGGUUUACGCACAAACUGAUCGCUAACUGAUGUCUGCUGACUGAAGACUAUUUGCAAAUUGCAUAAUGAUAGAUCACGUCUACCGAACGCGGAUGAAUACAAGAGAUCAUAUUUUUGUAAAGUAUCUAUGUACAUACACACCUAGGAAUCUAGAGAUAUAUCGUGGUAAAUCUUGAAAAGGGAAACCUGUGAUUAUGCAUAUUUCUCUAGACUUCUAUUACAAACCAAAUUAUAGUAAAUGCCGGUGCAUUUAACUUAAUUUUGUCA